AUGCGCCGGGUUGUUGUCACUGGGCUAGGCGCCAUCACGCCUCUGGGAGUGGGCGUCCGAGCUACAUGGAAUAGACUCAUAGCAGGACACUCCGGCGUCGUGAGCAUUGCCGACUAUGAGCCACAGAAAAGAUGGCGAGAGCUGACCAGCACCGUUGCCGGCAUUGUCCCAAGGUCAGGAGCUGCUGAGGCCUUAUGGAAACCAGAUGACUGGCUGUCUGCUACGGACCAACGGCGCAUGUCGACUUUCUCUCAAUACGCCGUGGCUGCGGCAGAGAUGGCCCUCGAGGAUGCUUCUUGGAAACCUCAGACGCAGGAGCAACUGGAAGAGACUGGAGUCUGUUUGGGGAGCGGGAUCGGCAACUUGGAGGAGCUGUACAACACCAGCCUGGCGUAUGAAAGAGACGGCUACAAGAAGGUGUCGCCGCUGUUCGUGCCCAAGAUCCUCAUCAACAUGGCUGCGGGGCAUAUCGCUAUGAGGCAUGGCUUUCAGGGACCGAACCACGCUGCAACCACGGCCUGCACAACGGGCGCGCACUCGAUUGGCGAUGCCUCGCGCUUUAUUGCAUUUGGGGAUGCCGACGUUAUGGUGGCCGGCGGUGCAGAGUCCUGCAUACAUCCCUUGACCUUUGCAGGAUUCGGCAGGUCGCGUUCGUUAUCGACCGCCUUCAACAACGACCCACGAUCGAGUUGCCGUCCGUUCGAUCGUCAACGCAACGGGUUUGUAGUCUCCGAGGGCGCGGCCGUCGUCAUUCUGGAAGAGCUGGAGCACGCGAAAGCCAGGGGCGCUCACAUCUACGCCGAACUAAAGGGCUAUGGCUGCAGCGGCGAUGCGCACCACAUGACGGCUCCGCGAGAGGACGGGUCAGGGGCGUUCCUCGCCAUGAAGAGAGCUCUGAAGCAUGCUGGCAUCAAACCUCGCCAAGUGGACUACAUCAACGCCCAUGCGACUGGGACUGCCAUUGGUGAUGCGGCGGAAGCGCUAGCCAUUCGCUCGCUGAUGAUGGGCGACGAAGGUCUCCUCGAUGAGAGUCAAGUUACGGUCAGCAGCACCAAAGGAUCCAUCGGCCAUCUUUUGGGUGCUGCUGGUGCGGUUGAAGCUGUUUUUGCAAUCCAGGCGAUUGCCCAGAACACUAUACCUCCCACACUGAAUUUGGACGACCCUGAUGUUGAGCCCAAAUUUAACCUCGUUCCUCGACAAGCUCAAGAGAAGGAAGUCAACACAGCUUUAUCAAACAGCUUUGGAUUCGGCGGAACCAAUGCCACUCUGGUUUUCUCUAAAUAUUAG